AUGAAAAGAUUCUCAUCCGCACUUCCAUAUUCUAAAAAAUGGUCGAGUGGAAAUCCAGAAAUUGAUCGGUUUCUUGAAGAAGCAAAAUCAAUUUCUGCGGGAUCAAAACUAAAAAAUUCAACUACUAUUGAAUCAACUCUUAAUUCACAAGAAUCAUCAUCUACCUAUUUGACAACAAAUAAAUCAUUAGAUUUUGAAAAAGAAUUUCGUGAAGUUUCAGAUGAUAGAGUUCAGAUAAUGAAUGCAGAAUAUCAUAGGAAGGCGAUGGCUAAGAAAAUCUUUGCUGGAAAAGUUGAGUCCGAAAAAAAGAAACAUCCAGAAGCAAUUUAUUCUAGUCGUCAAUUUGAAUUUAUGGACUUGCCACUGCCAAAGAAUUCGCCAGAACCUUUAUCAGCUCAAUCUGAUAAUCAUCACACUACAAAUUAUUAUCAACGACAAACAAUUUCACCCACAAUACCCAUGAUUAUGUCACCAAAAACGCGAAUACAAAAAAUCUAUUCUGCAAAGAUUAAAAGUAAAAACAAUGUAAAUAAUGAUCAAUGA